AAGUCAGGAUCAUCACGUGCUGGUGCUCCAAGAGCACCGAAUAAUCACUAUCGAGACAAUACAGUUCCGCUUAGAGAACGAGAGAGACUCUUUUUUUGAAGAAGAGAAAAAGCAAGGUACUGCAUACAGCCGUCCUGAAUUGAAUUCCACACAGAAAGCAUCAUCAUCCCCCUCAAUCCUCAGAUCUCCUUGUCCUUGUUCCGAUUCCCUGAGAAAUGGCUUCCAAACGGAUCUUGAAAGAGCUCAAGGAUCUACAGAAGGAUCCUCCCACCUCUUGCAGUGCUGGCCCUGUUGCUGAAGACAUGUUUCAUUGGCAAGCAACCAUAAUGGGUCCCGCUGAUAGUCCAUAUGCAGGUGGAGUUUUUCUUGUUACCAUUCAUUUCCCUCCUGAUUAUCCAUUUAAACCUCCUAAGGUUGCAUUCAGGACAAAGGUUUUUCACCCGAAUAUAAACAGCAAUGGCAGUAUUUGCCUUGAUAUCUUAAAGGAGCAGUGGAGCCCGGCCCUCACUAUCUCCAAGGUGUUGCUGUCAAUCUGUUCAUUGUUGACGGAUCCAAACCCUGAUGAUCCCUUGGUGCCGGAGAUUGCUCACAUGUACAAGACGGAUAAGGCCAAGUAUGAGGCAACUGCACGGAGCUGGACCCAGAAGUACGCCAUGGGCUAGCGUCAUUGAUAGAGCUUUCUAAGGACUUGGUUCUUUAAGUAUGUAGAAAUGGAGUUUGCUUUGUUCAGUUUCUCUGUAACGGAAACGUGUAGACUGGAACUAUGUGGUAAUGCCCAGAGAAAACAAAAAUGUUCCUUCAGAUUGUUUGUAAUGUAUUUGAUUUGUGAAACUAUGGAAAAAUAUUGAUUUAAUCUUGUGAAAUAAUAUAGUAUGGUUGAUUUGGUAAUGUUGCUAAAA